CCCACCCAACCAACAACACCUUCUCCUUCUCCCUCUCUCUCUCGAACCAGAAAACACACUUAAUUCUGCACUGAAUUCCUCAAUUCUUCUCAUUUUCAUUUCCAACUUCUCCCUCAAUCUCGAUGCACAAAUUCAAUUCUCUCUCUCUAUACGUAUACAUUUCGUGCGUGUAUCUAUAGAUUUGCAAAUUAAUAGCGACAAAUCGCAUUAUUAUACAUAUAAAUCUGCGAAACGAAAACGUCAUUUUCGGGAAUUUAUACAACAACCAACCCGAACCGAACCCAUAUAAUCCUCACCCCCACCCCCACCACUCUCAGCACAGUACUAUUCCCUACUGCAACAACCAUCCCUCUUUCUUUUGUAUGACAUGUACGGAUUCCACGCUCUGAUUUCAUCCCGAUCGACAGGAGGCAGUCAUCAACCGCCGUGCGCCGCCGCCGUUUCCUUUGAGGGUUCCUAAUGAAAUUUCUUUCGUCAGCAUUCGUGCCUCCGACCACUUUUCCCCAUUCUGAGGCUGCUCUGCUCUGCCGUCCUGCCAUCCGGAGUUCCAGGUGGGCCCGCAGUGUCUCCGUCUCCGCCGCCUUUAGGGUUGAGAGGGAGAAGAAGGAGAAGGUCGUGGUUGUGUUAGGCGCUACUGGGUCCGGGAAAUCGCGGAUGUCGGUAGACCUCGCCACCCGGUUCUUUACCUCGGCGGAGGUGAUCAACUCCGACAAGAUACAGGUGUACCGCGGCCUCGACGUUACGACGAAUAAAAUGACAAUGCCGGACCGCCGAGGCGUCCGCCACCACCUCCUCGGCGAGUUCGACCCUUCCGAAUCUCACCCGGAGUUCGGUCCGUCGGAUUUCCGCUCCGUCGCCGGUGAUAGGAUCUCGGACAUUAUCAGCCGCGGUAAAACCCCGUUCGUCGUCGGAGGUUCAAACUCAUUCGUAUACUCUCUAUUGGCGAAACGGUUCGAUCCGGAGUUCGAUGUGUUUGGCGGGUCCGGCCCGGUUCACCCGGCCCACCGGGAGUUUCGCUACGACUGUUGCUUCCUCUGGGUCGACGUGUCGCCGCCGGUGCUGAACGAGUACCUGUUCAAGCGAGUCGACGAGAUGAUGGGUUCCGGCAUGCUGGAAGAACUGGCCCAGUGGUUCUCCGAUCCCGGAAACCCAUUGACUCGAACAGGACUAGCGAAGGCGAUCGGAGUUCCCGAGUUUGCUCCGUAUUUCCGGUAUUCCGGCGACUGCGAUGAAACAAGAAAGCGGCUGUACGCGGAGGCGGUGCGGCAAAUCAAAGAGAACACCCGGGUGCUAGCGGAGAGGCAACAGUGGAAAAUCCAACGGCUUCGAGAGAGAUACGGGUGGGACCUACAUAGAAUAAAUACCACGGCGGCUUUCGCGGCGGCGAUGGGUUCGGAAUCGAAGUCGGAAACCGCCGAGAUUUGGGAAAAACAGGUGGUGCAACCAAGCAUGAAGAUUGUGGAGAAGUUCUUGUUGGAAGAGAAGAAGAAAAGUUUGGUCGUAGAGAAGCAUGGUGGUGGAAGUCACAGGUGUUUGCAUCAAUGGUCAACCAAUUUUGAAGGAGUUUUGGCAUUUCAGGCCAAAAAUUUCUAAAUACUGUACAAAAAAAUACAACUUUUCCUCCUCAUUUUGGUCUUUUCCAUUUUUGGUUCGCUUCUUAACAAUGUAGACUUUCUCAUAAUUUAUUUCUAUUAAUAUAUACAUACCCCUAGUUACAUA